AAAUCUCCACAACGAUCAAUUGAACGCAAGGAAGUGAUAAGCGGGUUUCGUGUUGACGCUCAGGCUGGUAACAGCCUAAAUAUAGAUGUGAUCGGAUAACAUAAAACCCUGUUCGGGGCGACCACAUUUCGAGGAAUCGACAGUUAAGAAAUCGUGUUGCUUCUUGCAUCUGAUCAUUUGAAAAGAGAUUUCGUUCAUGGAACGUGCCAACAUUCGUCUGAUAGCCCUAGUGAUCGUGUAUAUAUUCUACCUGUCUGUGGGAGCUGCCAUUUUCUCGUCGAUCGAGGGACCUUACGAGCAACGCAUUCUGUCAGAUCUGAGACGAAAAAGAGAUGAUUUUCUUGCGAAACAUCCUUGUGUUACUGACAAAGAACUUGAAAACUUUGUGAAGCAUGUUGUGGCGGCUCAAGACAUGGGAAUACCGCCACUCGGUAACGCAAGCGAUAAAAGGAGUUGGGGAUUUGGUAGUUCGUUCUUCUUUGCCGGUACUGUCGUAACCACAAUUGGAUACGGGAACAUUGCCCCUUUGUCGGAUGGUGGAAAGGUAUUUUGUAUGGUGUUCGCAGUGUUUGGUAUUCCCAUGACAGCUAUCAUGUUGACAGCCAUAGUAGAACGACUCCUUCAGUUAACCGAAGUAUUGGAAAAGUUUCUGUGCAGUACUUGUACCGUACGUGGUGUUCCAACCGCUUAUUUGCGCUUCCUUCAUUUAUCACUGAUCAUGUGCGGCGCUAUCACACUAGUCAUGAUAAUUCCAGCCUUCUUUUUCAUGUUCCUCGAAGACUGGAGCUACUUUGAAGCGUUGUAUUUCUGUUUUAUUUCCUUAACUACCAUAGGACUUGGAGACUUUGUUCCUGGUGAUGACCCGAAGUGGCGGAGGAGUGAAUACCGCUCACUUUAUAAAGUCUGCUGUGUGUUUUUCUUCAUCACUGGACUCACAUUCUUGCUCCUCAUAUUAGAGCUUUGCGCCAAAAUUCCGGACGACCAUCCCGGUAUGCUUUUCUCUUGUCACAAACCAUUCCUCCAGGAGGACGAGGAGGACAUUUCGGCUUCAGCAAUCAAAUUGCGUCCGCGAUAUUCGAUAUCGAGUAGCGGAAGUUCACCGUCAUCGCCUGACAGGCAAAGACUAUCCAGAAACUCUUAUGAGAGAAUAUCCGGCCGAGACAAGGAAUCUAGAUGACGUAAAAAAAGCUAAUGAAAUACUAAUGGCACAUAUUUUUGGCUAAGCCGGCCCAAAAUGGAAGCUCUUAAAAUUCAAUGCGGUGAAACUUCACUAAAUAGGUUCCUCUUAUAUAUCUAACCUGUACAAAAUAAUAGUUAGUUGCCCAGAGAAUUCUCUAAAUCAGUUGGAAAAGCUUGAUUUCAAGCCAGCUAAUUAAAUUUUUAAGCUCCCAUUUCGCUUCACUACGUCACGAAAUUAAAUUCCGAGGGUUAUUUGUAAUUACAAAAAUUGUUCAGUCAAAAACUAUUUAUAAACAUGCAAGAGUCUGCAUUUUUACA